UCUCAGUAGUCACGUUUGCGCGCUAUUAACCCCUUCUGUGGCGCCCAGCAAGCUUGGCGACGUCAUGACGCUGCACCUCGCUCACCGUGGUCAGUUCCGUGUUUACACACCCACUAAGGGAACAGCUACCAGUACUGCGGUAGCUGGCUUACAUUGGAAAGUGGGCGAAGGAAAGAACAGUACCAGGGAAACUACAUGGUAUACCCCACAACCCCGAAUCCACAGCGUAAUGUUUUCUCGAAAGAGUCAUGGAGACGUCAAGAAAUCUACACAGAAAGUUCUGGACCCAAAGAAGGAUGUAUUGACUCGUCUGAAACACCUCAGGACAGUAGUAGAUAAUCUUGAGAGGAGUGAUCUUAAGCACUUCUUUGAUACCAACUAUUCUCAUAUAUAUUUUAUCUUCUAUGAAAAUUUCACUACAGUGGAGAAUAGCUUAAAACAAAAAGGGAAGUCUCACAGGGAGGAGCUGGACUCCAUCUUUUUUCUUUUUGAAAAAAUUCUACAACUUCUACCUGAAAGAAUUUAUUAUAGAUGGCAGUUUCACAGUAUAGGUUCUAUUUUGAAGAAACUUUUGCACACUGGAAAUUCCAUGAAGAUAAGAUGUGAAGGAAUACGAUUGUUUCUCCUCUGGAUCCAAGCCCUGCAAAACAACUGCUGUGAGGAACAGUUUCUGAUAUUUGCUUGCCUUGUUCCAGACUUUCCUGCAACUAUUUCAUCAAAAGGUCCUUGCACACUGGACGUGCUUAUUAACCCUUCUUCUAACUUGCCCGAUGCAAAGAUUGUACCUGAAGAAAUAACCCCACUAUUGCCUGCUACAGAAAAAAUUCCAGAGGACCAGACAUGCUUCUUUCUUCAAGUAAUACUAAAAUAUAUGGUUACUCAGGCUGCAAGCUUAGAGUGGAGGAACAAAGAAAACCAAGAGACUGGCUUUAAGUUCCUCUUCGCCUUAUUUAGGGAGUACUAUCUUCCUCAUUUAUUUCCAUCCUUUUCAAGAGUAACUAACCUGUACAAACCUACACUUGAUGUUCCUCAUUUGAGGGCAAAGCCAGUUUAUGUUUCUGUGGUGCGUAACAGUGAACAUGUAUACAGCACAAGAGAUCAAUACAUGGAAGCUCGUGUUUGCUUUAUUAAGUGGCUUGUAACUUUCUUUCUGGAAAAGAAGUACAUUCCAGCAAAUCUGAACACUAAAAAUGGUGAAGUGCUACCCAAGCUUAUCCAGACUGUCACUACUGGUAGUGCAAGUCAGGAGAAAAACACUGAGUCAGAAACUGAUGGUCAGUUGGAGCAGGAGAAGUGCCAUUCUAAUAGCAGUACCCUGUCAGAUAGGCGGCUCAGCAAUUCUAGUCUCUGCAGCAUAGAAGAAGGACAUCGAAAUGAGUAUGAUCUGGUGCAGCAGAUUUUACUUUCAUCUCGUGAUUAUGUAAACUUUGUUAAUGAAGUAUUUUACCAGGCUUUUUUGCUGCCGCCUUGUGAUGCAUCAGCAGUAAGGAAAGUAACAAAGGUGUAUCGCAAGUGGAUCCUGCUAGAUAAACCUUCUUUCAUGGAAGAACCAGAAGUGAAGGAGUCUUCGAGUAAUACAGUUGAGAACUGUGAGGGCUUGAUUGCGACUGAAGUAGACAGCAAACAGGGCUCUGAAAAUUCUCGACACAAGCGCUCUUCCAGCUGGGGGAGAUCCUAUUCCUUCACAAAAGCUGUCAAUAAAGGUUCUGUGUUUGAUGCUGAAAACAGGGACAUUAAAGCUGGUGUUCAGGCCACAUUACAGGUGUUCCUGACCAAUUCUGCUAAUGUGUUCUUGUUGGAGCCAUGUCCUGAUAUUCCUAAACUGUUGGCUGAUCACCUUGAAGUUUGUAGGUCAGUUCUUCACAUUUACAGAAGAAUGAUCAUGGAAAUCCCAAUGAAUCAAAAGACCUGGGAGCAAAUGCUAAAAGUACUUCUCAGAAUCACAGAAACUGUUAUGCGAAAGCCUAGGGAUAAUUCAAAUGGGGAUAAUUUUGCCAACUGCUUAUCUGGAGUUCUUUUCAGGACGCUAAUGGUUGCUUGGAUCCGAGCAAACUUGUGUGUUUUCAUUUCUCGGGAACUUUGGGAUGAAUUACUUAGUGUGCUUUCCUCUCUCACUGCAUGGGAAGAGUUGAUAAUUGAAUGGGCCAACAUCAUGGACUCUCUUACAGUUGCACUGGCAAAAGCUGUGUAUGGUCUUGAUAUGAACAACCUGCCUUUAGAUAAGCUAAGUGAACAGAAAGAAAAGAAGCAAAGAGGCAGAGGUUUUAUUCAGGAAUCCCAGAGGGUACCUUCAUCUGGAAAAACAUUUAAUCUGAGUUUACGAACGUGUACUGAUAUUCAGGAACCAAUGAGAUUGCGAAGUGCUACCACGUCAGGUGCUCCUGGAGUUGAAAAAGCUAGAAAUAAUGUUCUUCAGAAAACAACAGAUGUUGAGGAGGCACAACAAGGAGAAAAUGCAUCUGUCACAGAGGCUGGGUCUUGCAGUCCUGAAACAGAUCAGGAACAACAGCUGCUUCGAAGCAGCAGUACUUCUGAUAUUGCAGGACAGUUUUCUUCUGAUCUCUUUCAAGGUCAGAGGAGAGACAGCUCCCAAUGCACCAUUCAGUCAUACCCUGCUGCUGUACAAGAAGGAAAGGAACUUACGAAAAAAGAAAAUGAAGCCCCCGUGAUACUAAUACGGAGAAGCAGCAGUCCUGCUGAAAUAGACUGUCGACCUGAAAUCCAGUAUUCACAUGCGAGAGUACGACUGAAAGAUAAAAGUGAAAGCAUGAACAGUGAAACAUCAAAUGGCUGUGCCAGUGAUGGUGAGUCUUGCUGGCAGACCUUUGAGGAGGAACAUGACACAGCACCAAUGGAUGGUAUCACUGAUCCUGAUGUAACACGGCAGUGGCUUCAGCUAAGUCCUUCCGAUCCUCCUCCAACGCUUGCAGACAGCAGCGAGUGCCUUACUGAUGAUUGCAGCAUCAUUGCCGGAGGGGGUCUUACUGGCUGGCACCAGGAUUCAGCAGCAGUGCUAUGGAGGAGAAUUCUAGGAAUCUUGGGAGAUGUGAACAAUAUUUCGUGCCCAAAAAUCCAUGCCAAAUUAUUUGGGUAUCUUCAUGAGCUAUGGCAUAAAUUGGCAAAGAUAAGAGAUAACCUUGGUAUUAGUUUUGGCAGCAUUUCUUCACGUCCUCCUGUUUUAAUCCCACCACUACGAAUGUUUGCAUCUUGGCUUUUUAAGGCUACCACAUUACCAAAUGAGUUCAAGGAGGGAAAACUUCAAGCAUAUAGGCUCAUCUGUGACAUGAUGACUAGACGACAAGAUGUGCUGCCAAAUUCUGACUUUCUGAUACAUUUUUACCAUGUGAUGCACAAGGGCCUUAUUACUGAAGAUCAGGAUAUCUUGAAUAUCAUUAUCAGGAACUGCUCUCCCCAUUUUUUCUUCUUGGGUUUACCUGGCUUUACUAUGCUGGUUGGGGACUUUAUCACUGCUGCAGCCAGACUACUCAACUCAGACAGCAUGGAGGCCCCUCGUGUUGAAGCACAGAUAAUUCUUGGUUCUUUGGUUUGCUUUCCAAAUGUUUACAAACAAAUGCCAUUGUUGCAGUCAAUCAGUGGAACUGCUGACAUAAUCUCAGGAGAUGAAGAUAUCAAGUAUUACUUGAUAAAUCUUCUACUUUCAAAUGCAAGAAAUGAACCAAGUGAAACUGCAAGGUGCAUUGCCAUCUGCAGUCUUGCUGUUUGGGUGUGUGAAGAACUUGUGCAGUGCACAAACCAUCAUCAAGUCAAAGAUGCAAUAAAUGUUAUUGGUGUAACACUAAAGCUUCACAACAAAGUUGUUGCACAAGUAGCCUGUGAUGCCUUUCAGUUGUUAGCCUCUUACUGGGAAAAACUUCAGGCUUACGAAGUACACCUGGCCACGAAAGUAAUUGAAAUUCUUGUGGCUACAAUUAUGUUUCUUUUACCCAGUGCAGAACAUUCAUCCAUGGAAGCUGAUAAAAAGCUUAUAGUGUCGUUGCUGCUGUGUCUGUUGGAUUGGUGUAUGGCACUGCCGAUGAGAUUUCUCCUGGAGCCCAUUUCUACCUCUGUUCUAGAUGACCAUUCCCAGGAAUCCCUUUUGCUGGAUUAUAUCUACAGAGUGCUACACUGUUGUGUCUAUGGUUCAAAUCUUUAUACCCAACAAAGCCAUUACCUGCUGAGUCUUGCUGAUCUCUCCUCUGCAGAUUAUGAUCCUUUCUUGGUAGUGGGGAUUGUCAAGAAUUCUGAGGUCACACAGUCUCACUCUCCGGAUUUUAGUAACCUCCUCACUGUUGCUGAGGAGAAAAAGCGAAGAAGUUUGGAACUAAUACCAUUGACUGCCCGUAUGCUAAUGACACAUCUUGUGAACCACUUAGGCCACUAUCCUCUUAGUGGAGGCCCUGCCAUCCUUCACAGCCUUGUCAGUGAGCAUCAUGACAACUUCUAUGUGGACUCUGCAGAACUGUCAUCUGAGGUUUUUAAAAGCCCAAACUUGCAGCUGUUUGUAUUCAAUGACACUGCUCUCAUCUCUUACCUACAGCUUCCUGCAGAAAGUAUACCAUCUGGGCAGGAAGCAGUGGCUGCAUCACAUGUAAGAAUUAUUGUAAGAGAUAUCUCAGGAAAGUAUUCUUGGGAUGGUAGAAUAUUAUAUGGCCCCUUAGAUGCCCAAGUAAUCAGCCACACCAAAAUAUCAGUAGUACCUUCAGAUGAUCAGUUUGGAGAAGAUGAAACAGCUUUUAUGUUACAGUCUCAUCUUACAGAAGUUGAGGAGGAUGUUUUAGACCAACUAUUGGAAAACCUAGGAGAAACCAGUCCUGAAUGUUUGCUUCAUCAGCACCAAAAACUGAAUGAACCUGCUCCUCCACCGUUUGGUAUGAGCUGUGAGCAAGAGAAGAACAUUAUUGAAGCCAUCUUAAGACAAAAUACACAGGAAGAAAACCAUGUACAAAGAUGGAGUAGAGAUCCAACUAUGAAGGUGCUGAGUCAGCAAAAACCAUGUCCACAAGAACCCCAAGCUCCAUUUUAUUUCUGCAGGCUAUUGUUAAAUGACUUGGGCAUGAAUUCCUGGGACAGACGGAAAAGUCUGCAUGUAAUGAAGAAGAAUUCUAAACUGUUGAGAGAACUGAAAAAUUUAGAUUCCAGGCAAUGUCGGGAGACGCACAAAAUUGCAGUGUUUUAUAUUGCUGAAGGGCAAGAAGACAAAUGUUCGAUUCUUACAAACACUGGAGGAAGCCAGGCCUAUGAAGAUUUUGUUGCUGGACUAGGCUGGGAGGUUGAUCUCUCAACUCACUGUGGAUUCAUGGGUGGUCUGCAACGUAAUGGCAGCACAGGGCAGUCUGCACCGUAUUAUGCUACCUCUACUGUGGAAGUUAUUUUCCAUGUUUCUACUAGAAUGCCAUCAGAUUCAGAUGAUUCAUUGACCAAGAAGGUCCCAUUUUUUGGUCCCCUCUUUGAUGGAGCUAUAGUGACCAGAAAGUUGCUACCAAGCCUUGUUCGUGCCACUUGUAUCAAUGCCAGCAGAGCUGUAAAGUCUGUAUUACCACUAUACCAGAGCUUCUAUGAUGAAAGGGCUCUGUAUCUUGAAGCAAUAAUCCAGAAUCAUCGAGAAGUAAUGACAUUUGAGGAUUUUGCAGCACAGGUCUUUUCUCCUUCCCCAAACUACUACUCUCUGACUGGAAUGGGCUCUCUCAGUGAAAAUAUUAUGCCUGCUGCAGCAGCAGGAAUGGAUUUUAUGGAACAGGCCUCCCCAACACUGCCACGUGCCACAAAAAAGGUCUCUGGGAAACUCCGACGCUCUGUUAGUGCUGUCAGCAAAUCUUCAGACUGAAGCACUUUUGUGACUGCUAAUGCUGAUUUUUUUCAAGGGUGCUUUUUUUGUAUGUAGAUGAUCUUUUUCGACUGAGUAAUCAAAACUGUGUAUAUUUAAAUGUUGAGUUCUUGCUUCUUUAUCUUUUGAAAAUUAUAAUUAUUUAUAAAAAAAUGCAGCAUUGUAGUUAUUAGUAUAUACAGGAAGGAAAAUAUGUAGAAUUUUAGCAUUAAAUCAUUAACACAAGCUUCUGGUUCUCUGAAAAUUUCCACGUAUUUUACCUAAAUGUAUUGCUAACUAAAAGUAGUGCAACACUGAAAGAAAUUCCCUAAAUCAUGGUGAAAGAAUGCUUUUGCAGUUGUAACAUGCACAGAAUUGAAAGCGAAGUCAGAUGUGGUCCAUAACCAACUGUAGGAUACACAACUGAGAAUAAAUUACUCAGAUCCUGUAAUGUAUAGCUUCAGUGAUAUAAAUUUAACACCAUAAUCUUUGUGAAUGUUCACUGUACGUUUUUUUUUACUUCGUCAAAGUCCAGAUUUAGACAGCAUUCCUCUCUAGUGUUUCAGAUUAUGGUAAAAGAUCAGUGGAACUUUGACUUCGCAAUCUUCAUUUUUGUAUUUGUGACUGUUUAUUAGCCAUUCUCAACACUGAAUGUGGUUCAACAUAACUAUGCUGUAUGCAGCUUUUUGCCUGUAGCAUAUGAGCUAUUAUAGUUUAGCACAAGAGCAGCAUGUUCUUGCCAGCAUUAGUGUACAGAUUUGUGAAGUAUAUAUAGCUUCUUACUGUCCUCAUGCAGUUUGAAAACUUGCCAGUACAGCAAAGAACUGCAACUACUAAAAUUCUAAUAGUGGAAGCUAUAUUUAUGUUGUUUCUUACCUGAUUAGAUUCUGUAAUACUGUAGUUAUGUGAAACCCGCUACAUGGUGAGUAAUGCGUGCAUACAGAAAAUUUGAAAUGCUAUGUGUUGAAUAAUGCCUGUAUACAGGAGUAGUUUGAAAAAGAAAAAUGCACUUUAUUCAUUAACUCUGUGGUGUUACACUUGUAUGAAAAUCAAACAGCUUUGCACAUUGGCUAUACAAACUACCAGAUUUGAAGGGUCUCUUUUCACUAGUGUUACCAUCCAGUUGAUUUGUAGGAUAGAUGGUAUAGAAAGUAGGCUCUAAUUUCACUCUUUCCUAUAAAGAAAUCAUGAAAUGUAAACAGAAUAUUGUUUUGAUGUCAGUAGACUUAUCAAUGAAUGUAUAUUUAAUGGGAGGUUAAUUGCAUAUCUACAGUACUUUCACAUUAUCUUCUAUAUGCAUGUUUUCACUGAUGUUCAGUUUGAUUCCAAGCAUUCCCUUCCUUUUGCUUCUGCAGGCCAUUUCAGAAGGUAAAUUUUCAUGUGGCACACAGAAGUUCUCCUGUUCUCAUUUUCUUUGUGACCUAAUAUGCUACAUUCCAUCCUGGUUUGAUCUUGGUAAUUUUUUCUUAGUUACUUUUAAGUAGUACAUAGAUGACCAAAAGUAGUAAUUAAAACAUAUGCAUAUUAUUAAUUUAUAAAUGUAUUGCUCAGAAUAGAGAAUAAUUAAGACAUAUGAUUCUGCAUUAUGUUUCAUUGUAUCUGUGUAAAACUGAUUUCCGUAAUUGUUUACUGCUGUGUUAUAUAAAUAUAUUCUGGUUUGCUUGCAGGUCCUAUGUUCAAUAAUGUUUGUUCUUAAAAUAUUUUUCAUGCACUCUUUGAAAAGAGGAAAUAUAUUAUUUUAAAUGUUACGUUUUGUGAAAGGGAAUGUGUGGUGGGACUGAAGCUAUAUUCUAGUUGUUUUGGGGUACAUUACUUUUGCACUCAUUUUCUGUGUAUUAUGUAAGUGAAUAUGAUUUAUGUUUCCAAAUUGACCAUACUUUAUAUUUUAUUCUAUGUAAAUAGGGAGUAAUACUUGAUAAAACAAAUGUGGUAAUAUUAAGUUAUAAUUUGAGUUUUGUUGUGUUGCUGUUGACGUUGUGAAUUAAUUUGAUUAGCUCUGAAACUAGAGCCUCAGGUGAUCUUAUCAGAUGCACUUACUGUAGUCUGGACCAGAAACUGGAAAAUCUUAAUUGGAUUGCAGAAAUGUUCACUUCGCUUUGAUCUGUGGUAUUUUAGAGGAGAGUACAAAGCAUUGGCAGGUACUUAAUAGUAGCUGUUGCAUGAGAAUUGAAGAAAAUGCAGUUUCUUUAGGAGAGUAAAUGAUUGUAGUUUCACCUGAUAAAGCACAUGUUCUCCAUUCUUUGUUCUCUUUGAAAUUGUCUGUUUUCUUCUUUUUAAGCCUGUUUUGAAUACUUUUGUACCUUUGUAGUAUAUAUCACCAAGUGAAUUUAAAAUAAGUUUUUGCUUGACAUAUAUCAUUGAAGCUUGAGAAAGUACUAAUUCAAGCAUGUUAUGUCUGAAGUUUGUAAUAUGAAGGAGUACACCUUAUCAAAAUGUAAUCAUUCGGGAUAAAUAACUAACUAGUCUAACUUCAAGAAAUGGUGUGUGUCAUUAAAAAUCGCCUGUUGUAUAGAACUGUUUCAGUUACUGGGAGUAGUAGUAUUAAUACCCCCAUGAUGCUGCUGUAGUUUUCUAAACCAGACCACUCAUUGUAUAACAGAGGAGCAUAAGGAACGUUUGGAGAGGUGCCAAAACCCUGUUACAUCUAUAUCAGUACUGCUAAACUGUGCUAGCUGGAAGACUGAUCUGAGAGCAGCAACUCAAAAUGUAUAUUGUAAACUGUAUUCAUCAGGCUGUACCCAGUUCAACUCCAGUUCAUUUUUCCUCUGAAACCAAGAAGUAAUUUCAUUGAAUUGUUUAUUUUCCUCCUUUGGCAUAAGCUGUAAUAUAACCUUUGUAAAAACAGAAAAGUAGGAAUUCCUCUCUCUAUUGUUAAUAUAUCACAGAUGUUUUUAUGAUAAAAGUGUAAUCUUUGUUACCUAAAUGAUGAGUUGCAAAAAGCUACAUUAAAAUCAUUUUGAAAUGGAAA